GACUUGAUGGCAUACUAGAUGCCUGAGACUCUUCUCAAGAAAGCCUGAUGUGCUGCUUUUGUACUUUGCUGAUGACAGAAGGGAUAUCACAUGGAAAAAGCCAACUGGUCCUCCCCCGUGGUGGGGUUCAUUCUCCUGGGACUCUCAGCCCACCCAAGGCUGGAGAAAACGUUCUUUGUGCUCAUCCUGUCUAUGUAUCUGGUGAUCCUGCUGGGCAAUGGGGUCCUCAUCCUGGUGACCAUCCUUGACUCCCGCCUGCACACGCCCAUGUACUUCUUCCUGGGGAACCUCUCCUUCCUGGACAUCUGCUACACAACCUCUUCCAUCCCUCUAGUCCUGGAUGGCUUCCUCACUCCCAGGAAAACCAUCUCCUUCUCAGGCUGUGCCAUGCAGAUGUUCCUCUCCUUUGCCAUGGCAGGGACAGAGUGUGUGCUCCUGAGCGUGAUGGCAUUUGAUCGCUAUGUGGCCAUCUGUAACCCCCUGAGGUACCCUGUGGUCAUGAGCAGGUCUGUGUAUGUAUCCAUGGCUGUCAGCUCCUGGACAAUUGGUGGGGCUGCUUCUGUGGUACACACAUCCCUGACGAUUCAGCUGCCUUUCUGCGGGAACAACGUCAUCAACCACCUUGCCUGUGAGAUCCUGGCAGUCCUCAAGUUGGCCUGUGUUGACAUCUCCAUCAAUGUGAUCAGCAUGGGAGUGACAAAUGUGAUCUUCCUGGGGGUCCCAGUUCUGUUCAUCUCCGUCUCUUAUGUCUUCAUCAUUGCUACCAUCCUGAGGAUCCCUUCAGCUGAGGGGAGGAAAAAGGCCUUUUCUACCUGCUCUGCCCACCUCACUGUGGUGGUCAUCUUCUACGGGACCUUAUUUUUCAUGUACAGGAAGCCCAAGUCUAAGGAUCCCCUGGGGGCAGACAAAGAGGACCUUUCAGAUAAGCUCAUCCCUCUCUUCUAUGGGGUGGUGACCCCCAUGCUCAACCCCGUCAUCUACAGCCUCAGGAACAAGGACGUGAAGGCUGCUGUGAGGAACCUGGUGGCUCGGAAAUACUUCACCCAGUGAUGGAGGAGGGGUCCUCUGUGGUUCCUACCUCCAAGGGAGCAAGGGUUUUGAUCAUUGCAGCUGCCACUCAAAAGCCAGGUGAUGUUAACUGAAAUGAUCGCUUGCCCUCUAGUUCAUUUUCAGGGAUUGUGUAACUUUUCACAUUGUGUCUUCUGAGUUUUAGCCAGAUAUCUGAGAGCUUCAACAGAUGCCAGGCAAUAAAUCGCUAAUGUAAUGUACAAAGACAUUCUGAACACAUCCUAAAACCGAGGAGAAAGGGACCAUUAGAGCAAGCCGAAUAGCCUAUACUGUGUCCGAGCUACACAGUCAGUACACACAGGUGAGAGGGCUCUCACAGCAACUUUUUCAUCCCUACUGGACUCCCCAGGACAGCCAGGAACAAGGAGGAAGUGGACAUUUUCAUUAUUAGACUCAGUUUGCCUGAAAUACUAAGAGGAGACAAAGACAAGGUCUCCACACAGAGGGCUUUUGAGUGGAAAUAAUCUAG